AUGCGUUCUCCAUCUUGCAGCUUCCCUUUCAUUUUUGAUGGUAAAUCCUACUCAUCAUGCACGAAGGAUGGGGCUAUUGAUGAACAGUUGUGGUGUGGCACAACUCCUAACUAUGACAAGGAUGGCCAAUGGAAGCGCUGUUCUCUCCAAGAGUACGGUGGCAACUCUGGAGGCAAGCCCUGCAUUUUCCCCUUCAUCUACAAGAAUCGGACAUUCUACACCUGCACUGAUGAGGAGAAAGGUGUAUUCUGGUGUGCCACCACGAGAAACUAUGACAAGGACCUUGAAUGGAGCUUCUGUGCUGACAUCAGACUAGAUGCCAGUCCCAAGGGCCCGUGUGUCUUUCCUUUCACCUACAACAGUACAUCCUACUCGGCAUGCACAACAGAUGGGAUUUCUAACAAAAAGCCCUGGUGCUCCCUUACCAACAACUAUGACAUUGACUUGAAGUGGACUUACUGUGAGCCCUCAGGGCCAGCUCCAGCUUCAGAAAACCCAUUAUGUGUCUUCCCCUUUAUCUACAAGGGCAAGUCCUACAGCACAUGCACUAGUGAAGGCAUGAGUGAUGGGAAACUGUGGUGUGCAAACACCAGUAAUUAUGACGUUGAUAAGAAAUGGGUGUACUGUACUGUCACAGAGCCACCAGGGAAGCAAAUGGGCAGAAAGGUUCUAAUCUGUGCCACACAGCCUGCAGCAGACUCAAAUGCCCUGGAUAGUCAUGACAACUAUCAAAUUCUGACCUGCACAUGA